AAGCAGCUGGAAGCCAUUUGUGUCCAAGUUCAGCCAGGACAGAUGAAGGAAACUGAAAGGCCAAUGCCAUCAUUGGCACCAAUCCAGUCCAAAACUAUAAUGCUGAGUCAGUCGGUUGGUAGACAUUCUAGCGUACCAGGACUUGGCAUUAUUAAUCCCCAGAUAAUUAGGAUACAGCCUGUUACAGGAGCUGAACAGCAGCAGCAGUUAUUCCUGCAUAGUUCUUCCGAGUCUCCAGUUAAGUUGCUUAUGCAGAGACCUUUACCAUCUCAUGGAUCAAUGUCUGUGAACAAGAUUCCCACAUCUAAGAUGCUAAAUGGACAGAAAGCUGCAUGUGCCACAGUAUCAGCUACAAGGUCUCCAAAUCUUGCUGCCAUGGUUGCAGCCAGUUCAGCAAAUACUCUGAUACCAUGCCUUGAAAAAAAACGAAAGGAUGACAAGUUGAAAAAAUCCUUGAAAGUGAAAACUCGUUCUGGACGGAUUUCCCGUCCCCCCAUAUACAAAGCUAAAGAUUAUAAAUUCAUUAAAAUGGAGGAUUUGGCUGAUGGUCAUCAGUCUGAUUCUGAUGACUAUUCUGAGCUGAGUAUAGAAGAUGAUGAAGAAGGAAAGGUGAAAGGAAAGGAUGCAUUAUUCAGUUCUUCAAAUUACAAUCUGAAACCCAAAAUGUUUAAAUGUCAGACUUGUGAAAAAUCCUAUAUAGGAAAAGGAGGAUUAGCAAGACAUUAUAAACUUAACCCAGGCCAUGGACAGCUGGAAUCUUCACCUCAAAAAAUACCUUUAAAUGAGCCUAAUGGAAGCAUAUUUGUUGACAACGCCUGUGGAAUAAGAGAGGAAACGAUGAGUCCAGCACAUUUGAAUUCAGUUACUGUCACUUUAAAUAAUGAAAAUGCACUAGCUACCAACCUGGAAGAAACUGUUGAUUCAAAGGCUGGAGAACAGACUUGUAAGUCUGCAGAAAGCAGACACUUGUUGGCAGAACAAGAAAACAGUUCAGGACACCGGGGACCCGCAACCCUGAAAGGACCUGGAAGACCCAGACGACCAAAGCGUCGUGGUCGACCAAGGAUGGGUGGAAGAUCAAGGUGUUCUGGAAGGCUUAGCAGACCUGGUCAGUCCCCUUCAAAGUCACUUAAUAGUGUAUCAGCAGAACACAGUGUAUUCAGAAGAAAAGCUAGGUUAAAAGAGCUAAUACAACAGUGUGAUAACGAAGACUUAAUGGAGCUGGCUCUCCCACGUCUUACAAAGCUUGUUACAGUAUAUGAAUUUCUGUUGAUGAAGGUUGAAAAAGGGUAUCCAGCCAAAGCUUACUUCCCAGAUGUGUAUAGGGAGUUCGAAGACUUGCAUAAUAUGGUAAAGAAAAUGGCUUAUGAUCACCUCAGUAAUUCUGAUUUGUUGAGUUGCCAGCAGCCUGUUGAAAUAAAAGAUGCUAAGGUUGCUGAAUCACUAGGAAUUACAGAAAUACUCACUGGAGAGCGAAGGACACAAGGUGUAGACUCUUGUUCACAAUGUAUAAUUAAAAUGGUUAGUGAGCAAGUGCCUGUGGAGAUACUGGGACAAAAACGGUUAGCUGAGAGCUCAAGGGAGCAACUGUUGCCAUCAGCCAAAAGGACCAAGUUAGAAGAUGUAGUGGAGAAUGUGAAUCAUGCUUAUGCCAAUCAAGAUGAAGUGAAAGAAAAGAGUGGGAAUUUGUGUACACUGCUUGAAAAAGAUGGUUUUAAUCCAUUAAAUGGAGAAAUCCUACUUUCAGAAGAUAGAUACAUCACUUGCUGCACAACUGGAAGUAGGUUACCAACAGCAGAGGAACAUAAUUCACCUGCUGAUUCAGGAGUUAGAUUUAAUGCUGAAAAUUCAGGUACCUUCUCCCAGACUGUGAAAAUGAGGAUAGAGUGUUCCCAACCUGUGAACAUACAGGGACCAGACAUGGCAGGUGAGGCAUCUCUGCUAGAUACUGAAGUUGUGUUGCCUGUAGAAGUAGAUGGCUCACCUGAAUUAGUUCAAGCACACUUUGUGAGUGAGAAUACACCAGGUGGACUGUCAGCUGCUGAACUUUGCAACUCUGUGUCAGAGAAUGGAAUGGCCAGUCAGAGCACUAACUUAGCAACCAGUGAAGAAAAUGGUCACAAUCAAAAAUACCAGAAACUGCAAGAAGAAAACCAGAGUUUUGCUAUUGAAGAACAUUCUGAACAACUUCAUAAUGCCGUUGUGACUGAUGAGGUGCAGGAACUUGAAAAAGUUUUUUCAACAAACAUUGUGCCAAUCAACUACCCACACAGCGCUCAGACUGAGUUGUACCAGAACCCUGUCCAGGAAACCUCCCUCUCUGCUCAUGUGAACCAUGAAAACUCCUUUGAAAAUGUGAAUCAGUUUUCUUGUGGGACAGAGGAACAGCAUGAGCUGGAGAAUACUGUUACUGUAGAUGAAACUGUAGCCUUUGAGAUUACUGAUGAGAGCCAUGAAUUUUUGUCUCAGGGACAUGAACAGAUUUUUAUUCAGACUUCAGAUGGGCUUAUCCUGUCUCACCCAGACACUGCUGUUUUGUCUCAGGCAGAAGGCAUCGUUAUUGUCACCGAUUCCAGUGGUACUACAAUGCACAUUCGCACACCCGAGGGGAUACCUUUGGAGACCGUGGAAGCACUACUGGCAAUGGAAGCAGAUGGCCAAAGUGAAGAUAUUUUGAUCUCGCAAAGUGAAUUGGAGCCAUAAAUUAGGAAACUGUAUAUGCUUUCUUCUGGAAAAGACUGACUCUAUAAAAUGUAUAUUUUUCUAAUGUGAAUACUGAAAUAUUGAAAUUUAACUUAUUUGUAAACUGUUUCUAUGCCCUGUACUUUUUAUAACUUAUGUUUAUACAAAUCUAGCAGCAUUGCAACCAAAAAUUAUAGAAUUAACAUUGUUCUAUUUGCUUUAUAUGUUGGGGGUGGGUGGAAAGUGGAAGUCUGUCAACCCUUAAACUGUUGCACUAUUCCCUUUUGUUACAUAAUUCCUUUUCUCUCUAGCCAUCUAAAAAUGCAGUAAGUUGUACUGCUGUCCAGCAGUGAUGUGCUGUGUACUGGCAAGCUGUAUAUGGGUAAAAUUAAAAAACAAUAUUAA